AUCGCAAUCGAUAACGCUAGUCGAGCCCGCCCGCACCCGCACUACGCGAUUGACACCACUUCCCGCGUCUGGCAAAUCACGACUCCAUCGCUUUCCGCGUCGCGCCCAUCUCCGCAAAUCCGGCCGCCCCAAUCCUUCGUUACCUUUACGGCCCCGAUUGUCGAUUUGUCGUCGAGAUAGACCACCUUUGAACGCAGGCGCAUGAGAUAGUACAAAGGGAAGACACGUCGAUAUCCACCCUGUGGAUCAUCGACACGCCGAAGACAUGAUGACGAGUAUGGGACCGUCUUUUGCAGGCCAUCCUGCCGGCAUGCAACAGCAUCCAGGUGUACCCGGGCACCCCAUGGCCCAGGGUAUGCCUCACAACCCAGGGCAACAAGGCCCGGGCGGAGGAAUGCCUCACCAGAUGCACAUGGCAGUAUCAGGGCCUGGUGGUCAGGUUAAUCCAAAUCAGUUGAUGGGCGGCAUGCCGCCGGGUGCUGGAGGUCCGAACGCUCACGCUCUGCAGCAUCUCAAUCCUGCCCAAAACCAAAUGUUCCAGCAAAAUCAGUUUGGUAACUUCCAAACUCCAGCGGCGAUGGCGCACGCCACCCAGAUGGCGCAACAGCGCUUGUUCCAACAGCAACAACAGGCGCGACAAGCGCUCAUGGCUCAGCAGGCCUUCAACGCGAAUAUGGCGGGCGUCAAUGGUAUGCCGAUGGGGAUGCCCAUGAACCCCAUGAACGCAGCUCAGAUUGCGGCCAUGAGGCAGGGCAUGCGGCCGCAGCAACAUAACCCCCAGGCACAGGCGAUGCUCGCUCAGCAGAUCGCUCUCCAGCAGCAAGCCGUCGCUCAACAGAACCAGCAGAUGCAACAGGGCCAGCAACAGCCCGGCCAGCCGGUGCAGAUGAACCCUCAGCACAUGCAAAACCUUCAGCAGGCCCAGAUGGCAAUGCAACAGCAGCAAGCCCAGCAGCAACAGGCUCAACAGCAGGCUCAGCAACAGCAGGCUCAGCAACAGGCCCAGCAACAGGCCCAGCAGCAAGCGCAACAGCAAGCGCAACAGGGCCAGCAACCCCAAGGCGGACCGCAGCAGCCUCAACCGCAACCCCAGCAGACACCGCAUCAGACACCACAGCAGCAAACCGCGCAACCCGUCAACCCUCAAUCUGCAGGACAGCCAACGCCGUCUCAGACUCCGGGCCCGGCCCCGAAUCAGCAACCGCAGCCUCCUCAGCCUCAAGCCCAACCGCAGGGCCCCCCUCAAAUGGCUCCUCAACCUGGACCGCAACAAAUGAACCCCGCGCAGCAGGCUGCAGCUCAGGCUGCCGUCGCCAACAGCAUGGCUAUUGCUCAACAACAAAGAAGGGAAGGAAUGAAGGGACACUGUCUACUGAAGUUAAUGCAGUUUAGCGAACACCUGAGCGGCUUCCCCGGCCCCAAGGGCAAAGAUGACCUAUCCUACUGGAACAGCUUCGUCAAUCAAUUCUUCUCCACGAAGGGCGUGUUCCGACACUCUGUACACAUUACCGAUGUCGAAGACCAGGCAGACAAGCAAUACGAGAUAACCUACCCCGCACUUCCUCGAUACUUCCACACGCACUUCGACAGCGGUGUCAAGAACAUGCAAUUGAUCAUGGAAAAGGGCACGACGGAUCGACCGCUCCCCGGCGACGGUCACUGGAUUGAGAACACGAAGUCUAGUUUGGUCUACUGGUACGAUAGCGGUUCGCACCUUGUCGCUACGGGCACCGUCAGAGCCCACUUUGAUGCGGAGCAAAAGAUUGAACUCUUUGAGUUCUUGACAACCAACCACGAAGAAUACAUUUCUAGAAAGGCUGCUAUCGAAGCUGCGAAGCCUGUGCAUAACUGGGUGAAGGACUGGCACAAGGUUAACUCCCCUGACACCAAGACCUCCCCAGAAAUGAGCAAGAAGGGCAAGGCUCGCCUUAUGAAGUCCCCGCAAAAUCCUCCGCCAGAAGCGCUGGUGGAUCUUCCGGAGUCGGCGGUCAAGAGGGGUAUGGGGGUUACCGAAGCUGUGUUCCAGUUCCUCGAGAUUGCUGAAGUGAUCGGCCAAAUGAACCCCCUUUUCGCCUUCUACCACAACCACCCUAACCUCGGCCCGUACGCUGCUCUUGAGCAGUACGUCGGUCAGAUCAACGCCCAGCCGCAAGUCAUGAACGGUCAGCCCAUGCCACAAGCUCCCAGGACACCCAGCUUCGGUCAGUUCCCGAUGGGUGCGAGCCCGGCUCAGCCGCAUAUGCAGCUUCCUGGCUCGCCUCACGUCACUGGAAGCCCUGCGCAAGGCCACAUGCAGGCACCCGGCAUGCAGAUGCAACAGAGCCAGCAAGGCACCAGCUCCAGCGGACCUAGUGCAAACACGUCUCCAGCUUCCAACAAGCGGAGACGCCCAUCUGGCGUGAAGAUGGAGGAGGACGGCUCCCAGGCACCUACCCCGGGUGGUCCUCAGGUCAAUGGAGUUCAGAACAAGGGCAAGCCGCCUACGCCGCGGAUGGCAAAGAGAAUGAAGGGCAACCCGGCGUAAGCUGGAAGGGUGUCUUUUGGACAUUCAGGUUAUGCUCUAAUACGAGUCUGGCUAUGCAGGCUCAGUAAUGCCUUUUUUUAUGUCAUCAUUAUGCAGCAUGGCGGCGUCUUAGUGCUUGGCUUUCUGGCUCUGGGAUCUCAGGGCUGUUCAUAUGCGGGUGUUUGGCAAGCAUCUUGGACGUUCGGUGUUGGCUGGAAGCUCAAUCCACCACAUAUCCUAUGUCGAUCUCGUUUGGCCCCUAGGUCCCUAUUCACUCUCGACCAAGCCCACCAAGAAGGGCAGGCAAGUUCCUGCACAACCUUGGGACGAGACUUCACC